GGCCGGUUGCUUUCCCCAAGCAUGGGCUUCCUCCUCCUCCGGCGGCUGGUGCUGCUACAACUCCAGCAAGAAAGGAGACUGGGAUGCAAGGCGCUUCUUCCUAAGUCUCUGGUGGCCCCCCAUUGCCUCCUUGGGGGGCGAUCCUACAGCGCCGGCUCUGCUGGGUUCCAGGAGCGCACGCUCAUAGCACUGAAGCCGGACGGCGUCCAGAGGAGGCUGCUGGGAGAUGUGAUCAAACGCUUUGAGAGACGCGGCUUCAAGCUCAUAGGCCUCAAGUUACUCCAGGCAAAUGAAGGGAUCCUGGCACAACACUACCAGCACUUGCAAAAGAAGCCGUUCUAUCAGGAGUUGGUCCAGUACAUGACCUCGGGACCGGUGGUUGCAAUGGUUUGGGAAGGGCACAAUGUGGUCAUGGCCUCCCGGGCCAUGGUGGGAGAGACCAACCCGGCCGAAGCCAAGCCCGGGACCUUCCGGGGCGACUUCAGCAUCCAUGUCAGCAGGAACGUCGUCCAUGCCAGCGAUUCAGUGGAGACAGCCCAGCGGGAGAUCAGCCUCUGGUUCCAAAGCAAUGAGCUGGUGACCUGGGACAGUUGGGAUCACAAACUCAUGUAUGAGCCCUGACCGCAUGUGUGGCCAUGCAGAUACACCAUUGACUACCUCGGCUUGUGCAAUGUGCCUUCUUCCUCCUGGGUCUGUGCAUCACAGGCCUCCAGAAGGGGACCAGGAAGGAUAUGGCUCCCAAAACACUUUGAAACUGGUGUUGCCUCUUGCGCAUCGCAUCUUCCAUCCACCCUCUUGCCAGAUGCGGUGAUCAUCUGAUUGAACACUGCUUGGAAAUCUUACUGCUGUAAUAGAAAUACUGUGGAGCACGGGUCUGAGCAUUAAAAAUGGAUUGGUGCAAA